AUGUCAUUGCCAUAUAAUAAUUUUACAUUCGAGUAAUAUUAGUCAAAAACCGCCUGAUGGCAAAUUAUGUUGGAGACACAACAAGCAAUAUUAUUUAUAUUGUAAAGUCUAAGUUAUAGUGUCAUUUUUUCAAGUAUGUAAAGUCAUUGUCCAAAUUCUAAUUUCAAAUGAAUAAAAAAAUAACGUUUAUAAUUUUAAAUUAUACUUUUUGAAAAAAUUGGAAUUUUAAGGUGCGACGGAAAAAAAAUUAUUGCUCAAUAAAUGAUGGGACAAAUGCAAGAGAAAAUAAAUAAGGAGUCAUUUGUUCUUGACGAGAAUGACAACAAUGGUUUAAUAUUAAAUAAUCUGUACAUUCCCGAGGAAGUAUUGGCGAGUGUAUUAUAUUACGUAGAUCAUAAAUCCCUGGUGAAAUGUAUGUCAGUGUGUAAACGAUGGAAUCAAUUGAUACGCAAUUACGUGUGGAGAAAAAAAAGUGAAACAAUUGUUGGUCGACUAUUGCCAGCUGAUGACGAACAUUUACCAUGGUCGUUGCAUUAUCUCAUUUGUAAACCUCAUGGACCAUUUGAGAGGAAUUUAGUUAAAAAUCAUUCCGGUAGUGAGGGUCUUAAAAAGCAUUGGCAUAUUAUUCGUAAUCAAGGCAAUCAAUGGGCAAUAGAGGAACCACCAUGCGGUGUACCGGCACUACCAGAAACCGAACCAUUAUUUCACGAAAGGAAAACAUGUUUCGUUACGUCCUAUCAUUAUUGCAGUAAAACACAAACAAUUAAUCUCAUCAAAGAGGGACUCACUCCACAUAUAUUGGAUGAAGUUCAACCACCAAUUCAAUUUAGCGAGUGGUACAGUGCUCGAUACGACUGUGGAGCGAUUUAUGAAUGUUUAGUGACACUACUCAAAAACGAUGACGAAGUUCUAACAUCUUUUGAGUUCGCCGACAGUCUCACUGAUGAAAAACAACACGUUUGGUUGCAGGUCAACCACAUUUUCCAAAACUAUGGCAGAGGUUUGAGAAAAAUUAAAUUAUGGCAUCAGGGCAAAGAUAUACGAUAUUGGUAUGGACAUUAUGGCAGUAAAAUGGCCGGUGCUUGUAUCAAGGUGAAAAUCCCAUUAUUUCAGGAUGACAAGAAAGAAAAAUAAAAAAAAAAUAUUGUAAUUUAUAAAUACAAAGCAGACAUAAAACUGUUGCUCUUUAUAUAUAGAUCAUGGAAAAAUCAAUGAAAGUUUAUUCAUCAUCCUCUCUCUACAAUAAUUUAUAUUAUAUUUUUCGCACGCUUUAAAAAAACAAAUUAUAUCUAUUCUAAAUGUUAUUUAUAUGUAUAAUAAAUUUAUUUUAGAGUAUAUUAAUUAUUUUAAAUAAAUUGAUGCAUUUUUACAGAAUUA